AUGUCUGUUCAUACAAGUCCUAAAAAUUCAUUCUUAAGCUCUGCUCGUACAAGACCUUAAACAGCAGUGACAAGUCCUAGAAUACCUUAAAUAUAGUAAUCAAAUUACAUAUCUUAGAAUAUCUAUUCCAAAUGAUGAACAAGAUCAAUAAAUAUAGAUCAACAAAUAUAAUGCCACUACAAGUCUUACUCCAAAAAGUCUGAUGAAAUUAUAAGAUAGGAAAUUUCAUGUAGAACCAAGAUCUGAAAAUAUAUCAAGCAAUUUAAGGGUUACAAAAGAAUAAGCAGAAAUUGAUCCACCAGAGGAUUAUUUUGAAAAAGAAGUUUAAAUUAAUUAAGAUGAAUAUGAACAAUUUAAAAAGAACUUUCAUAGGAUUGUUUUUGAUGCUUUUGGCAAUUAUAUUUAUACUAAACCAGGACCUAUUGAUGAAGAAUUUAAACUUUAAGUUUCAGUAAAAUUAUAUUUUUAAAUUAAGUCAGCGUUAAAUACUCAUAAGCAGACUUCAAGAAGCUUAAAAAAAAAACUAUAAAUUAAGACUCAAAGUUUCUAACCUAAGAAAACAGUUGAGAACUUAGUCAAAAGUACUUCAGAAAUGGCUAAAAUGAAUCCAAGAAGAAGAGCAAUAUUAGAAAUUAAAUAAAAAGCAGAGAAUUCUCUUUAUACAAUGAUUAAUAAUCUAGCUAAAGAGAAAGUUUUAAGUGAAUCUAAAUCUCAAUUAGAAUAAGUGACACAAUAAAUGCUUAUUUAUAUUGAUAAAUUUACAAGAGAAAAGUAUCAUAUGCUCUAUAUUUAGUUAAGAACUUACAGAUUAAUUAGAAAUGGCUAAAGGAAAAAUCUUUGAAUUGUAAAGUUCAAAUGAAAGUUUAAAUUUUAAAAAUAUUCAAUUGCUUAAAGAAAUCAAAAAUUCAAAACAAUAAUUGGAUGAACUUAAGAGAAGUACUGUUGAUGUUGAAAAAUUCAUACCAUAAUUUAAUAUUAUGACUAAAAGAUUUGAAAAUUUUUAAGCUGAAAAAUUCAUUGAUAAAUAUGAUUACUUUGAAAAUUAAAAUUUACUUCUUACUAAAAGAGUUUCAGAUCUAGAAUUAGAUAUUAUAUAACUUGAAAAAUAAAUUUUACAUUUGUAAAAAGAUUUAGAAGCUAAUUAAUAAAUAAAUAAACAUCAAUAUGAUAUGAAUUUUCAUUCCACUACUAAUAAACAAGAUAUACCUGAUUAAGACUAUGAAUAAUACAAAGAUAUGUAUUUGAACUUAUUCAAAAAAAUUUUACAAAUCUAUAGUGAUUGGACUACAAAAUCUAAGGCUCUAUUGCCUGAUAAGAUGGAUGGAGGUCCAAGGGCCAAUUUGGUUGAACCUUUAGAAAUGUUAUAAAAUAUAGAAAAAAUGAUAACAAUUUCUUCUAGUGAAAAAUUGUAAUCAUAUUUAAGAAAAAUAAUUGUCAGUGCAAACUAAUUAUAAAGAAAAUAUUUAACCGAAAAUGUCAAUGAAAAAUUUGAUCCUGAUAAAAUUUAUGAAAGAAUAACUAAAUUAGUUGAUAAUUUAAAGGCUUAAAUUUCUAAUCUACAAAGUCAAGUUCAGAACUAUAAAUAAUCUUCAAAUGUAUUUUUGAUAUCUUAUAUAGUGUUUAACUUAAAUACAUACAUAGAGAUCUAAGUCUUUUUUUCAUGAGAAAGAAUAAAUUUAAUCAUGA